UAAACGUGUGUUAGAAGGAAAGACCCACAGCAAGAUGGCACAAUUGCGACACAAGUGGAGAUGCCGAUGGACGUGACUUGAGAAGUCAAGUCGUGUUUAUCUUCGUUCAUCUUCGGGGUUCCGGUUCAUCUCGCACGGCCAAAGUAGAACGGCAGUCAUGGUGGACUUCUUUUUCACAUCUUCUAGCGGGGAGCGGCUCCCUCACCGGGGCCGCCGAGCCACCAGGGUCGUCGGUCGGGGACGCAAUUCGACCUGCACUGCAGCGCUUUUUCUUUACGGUGCGAUGCAAUUGCAAGUGCAAGUAGGCCUUGCUCGCCGCAUCCAGGUGGGAAUCCUGAAAGACGAGAAGCACCCGCACCACUUAGACCUUGCGGCCAUUGAAGCAGAGAGGAAACUUGACGAGGCGCUGAACGCUUUGGAACACAAAAUGGAUGUCGUUCCAAACAUAUCAAAUGUAAAAAUGUCUGGGUCUGGAAGAAUGCAACUUGUGAUGCUGCGUCUGCAUUAACCAAAAAUCUGUAUUGCAUGAACAGGAAAAGAGGUCUGGUUUUGGCCCCGGCGAGGAGAGGGCAUUUCUCAUGCGGUAUAGGCAUCAAAAAGCCCUCACAAGAUCUGUGAUGCUAGGGCAUGCAUCGCAGACAUCAGGAGUCACGCAAAAUGUGCAUGACAAACCUAACCUUGCAUCCUUCCACACCCAGACAUUUUUACAUUUGAUAGAACAAGGAAUUCAAGCACGACCUGAUUUUGCCCGACAACGCAAUGGGCGGCAACAAACAGGACGGAGCUGCUGCUGCUGCUGCCACCUCGUAUUUUGGACAUGCGGCCUCCCAGGAAAGCUCCCUAGCGCAGACGGAUGUCAAAGCUGGAGCUGCGGGAGAAGAAACGGCCGAGGAUCGACAAGGUGCGUUCUUCCGGGAGAUGGAACAAAGAUUCGGGCCCGUCGUGCAAGAAGAAGCCAUUUACGGAGGACCACCGGAUCCGCUGGAAAAAAAGAAAUCGUCCUUGGAACAAUCAAAACCGAUCAAGCCCCAUGAUCAGCAACAGACUAGUGUCGGUACUAAAAGCGAUGAUCCCACACCCACUUCUUCAACAAGUAGAACACAACCAGCAACCGACGAGCAGGAGUCAUUCACCAGUUUUGUGCAAACAAGUAUGACCUUGCCGGCCGUGACGCAGAUGCUGGCGGAAUCUUUGCUUCCGAAAGUGCAACAAGCGGUGUUGGACCAGGUUCAGCAGAGUCCAUCGCUACAAAGGCAGGUCGCGGAGGAGCAGCAGGAGCGUGAGCGAUAUGUCGAACAGGAACGUGCAUUACCGCUGUCUUCGGAAGCGGUGUUGCGACAGGAUGCCGGAAGAGACAGGGAUGAAGAGCAGGGAGAUACAACUGUUCCGGAAGGUCAUGACACACAGCUGCUGCAAGAAUUUCAGGAUGGGCGCAGCUUUUAUACGAGUGAACUUGGACAACCGCCAGGGCCAGCACGAGGACCUGGUAGCGGUGCACAAAUAGCUUCGGAACGAGAGGACCUGUACCAGAUUUUCCUUCUUUUCCUUUCGUACUAUGAAGGUUAAGGUUUCUUUUUCAUUUUCUUCAACGACUCCUGUGUGCGUAAAAUGUGGUCUCUUGUCGCGGAUGACUGGAUAAAGAUUAAGAUUUCAUGCUGCUCUUCACCUUAGCCCAAUAUGAACAUCCUUCACCUGAAUCUCAGGCAAAAGGAUUGCACAUACAACAUCUAUACACCUCAUCAGCUCUUCGUCGUUCCCAGACAAAAGCACAACGGCAUCAGCAUCUACUGCUUCGAAUUCGUACCCGGAGCUCCAGAAGAUGGCAAGACCACUCUCUUACCAGCAAGCACCCCCUGAAGACAUCGAGGCGAAGGCUGCGCGGCUCGACCAAGCUCUCGCAGACGUGAUACGAAGUAUGAAAAGGCCGCCCUCAGUGCCGCAGCAAAUGCAAACUGAAGAGCAGCAGCUGGACAUGGACUACAGCAGCGUCUACGGAACGACCAGUCGCGAUGAACAAGAUGAAGGUAGUAGGACAAGAGGUCUCGACAUCGACUCAGCACCACAAGCGGACGUCGAGGACUCUUACGCCGCUUUGGCAAGAGACUCACGCAUGGCGGAUCCCCACCAAUCGAUUAGCUUAGUUGAGAAUAGAAACAGUCGGGCAUUGGAAGAGGUUGUUCCUUCCUCUCCUCCAACACCAACGGUGCAUCCGCGCCAGAAACUGAAAGUACAACACGCUGCCGACAAUAGGCAGCUACCAUUACGCGAGCACGGGCGCAUGGACACGACCAUGAACAUGAUCAAUAAAAAACAAACGAGCGACGUCGCACGUCGGGAGAGCGUCACACAGAAGCGAGCGGAGUUGAUCGACAGAAUUCUGACAAACCAAAAGAAGACGCCGAUCAAGAGCGUCGCAAGCAAAGUGGUUGCUGCAAGAAAAAAGAACAUGAGUAGAACAAGGAGCCCUCCAGUGUCUGCCCCUGUGGCCGCUCCAGGGGAGGUUGCGGCAGCGCCUCAAAGAAGUUCCGGACAAAAAGAGCAAGUAGCUCUUAGUACCGGGCCGGAACAUACCGAAUACAUGGGCGCGUUGCAGCCGGCGUCUUUCGGCUUAUCGCGCGAGGGAGAAGAACACGAUGCGCCACCGGCAGCACAAGCAGCUGCAAGUUCGCCGAUGAACAUUCCUCCCAGCACCUUGUUGGGCACCACUGACGCUUUCUCAAAAGUAACGCAGUCCCCUGCAUCAUCCUCUGCCGCGAGUCCUGCUGGCGCAGCUGCACCAAAUCCUUUGUAUAGCUCAUCUACUGCGUCCGCCAACGGUUUUGUUCCCCCUCCUCUACCUCCGCCUCCCCCAGCCAUGCCCUCUUCCAUGAUUCCCCCGAGCGACAAUGUUCUGGGAGCCAUCCCCGUACUGACAAACGUCGCACAUGAAGCAGUCGCUGGAGUGAUGUCUCCGACACUUCCAUCCCCGAUCGCAACCCCUGCUCCGGCUGCCACCGGAACAAUGUCCCCGGCGUUGCAAGUGCUGGAUGAGCAAAUUCGGGAGCAAGAGAAGAAAUACUUCGCGGGAAUGGAGGCGCAAGAAAAGGCCGACGGCACCGGUAGUGUCGCUGACGCAGUGGAGAACCUGGCCGCCGCACUAGCAAAGGAUCGGCAAAAUUCGAAUGUCGACCCCGAGCUGUUGGAGAAGACAGAGCAGACCUUGAAAAGCUUGGAAAAAGUGUUCCGGCAGCGCGCCGUCGCAGGUGAAGGAGCUGGGGGUGGUGCAUCAGUUGCACCUUUGUCUGCCGCAGAUGCUGUUGCUCCAACAAGUGUAUUUGCAGCUGGUAGCACGACUCCGCCCGCUCACUCUGCAGCCGCAGCGGCCCCCGCGCCUGCAGCUCCUCCAGCUCUUGUUCCAGCAGCUGCGCCAGCAGUAGUUGCCCCGGCUGCUACUGCUUCCUUUGCGCCUUCAGCUCCGACCGGCGUCACCGCAGCGUCCUCUUCUCUUCUGGAGACGCAGAGAGCAACUUCGACGUCAGCCUCCGCGGAUGAUAAUGGAUUCGUGCCACCAUUGCAGCAAGUGCCAACUACGGACGAGAUGAAGAAGAACUUCGCCGGUUUGGCGGACAGCAUGAUGCUGAUGGAGACGGGUAGGCGGACGAUUUCCGGCAUUUCGGCGGAUGAAAAAGAAGAAACAACGCACAAAUUAGUUUCUGAGCGGACCCUAACCUCAUCCGAAAAAAAGCUCUUUGACGAGACGCACGCCAUGACCAUGGCGCAGCCACAUCCGAAGCAGCAACCGAAAAGUGUGGAGGCCCGGCGCACGCCCGACAAAGACGAGGAGAGCGAAAAUUCUUCAAAAGAUCAGCCGGAUGUGAAUUUGAACCAGAAGAGGAAGUCUGAACAACCAACUGAACCCCACCGGAACACGGGAGAUGACGCAGCGCAAAACGCAAAAGGAUUCGAGAAGCCGAAGGAGAGAAAAAUCCCGCCCCCGGGGUCCCAGCCCAUCGAGCACCCGGUCGGACCUGCGACCAACCCGCACGUCUACAUCCCGCCCUCUCCGGCGCCGGACGUCACGAUUGCGAACAAGGAGUCCCUGCAAUCCUUCCUCGAUCACAGCAUGGAGGUGAGAAACAAUGCGGCGUCCGCCACGGAAAAAGCGAUGCAGGCUCCGGUGAUGGUGGAGGCACAGCGGACGGGCCAGCAGAAAAAAGGCAAAGCCUUGGUCGUGUCGUUAAAGGAGCAGAAGAACCCGAUCGACCCAAAGCUUCCCCACGAGGACAAGGCGAAUUUGAGUGUGAAGAUCACCGAUGAAAAUAAGGAGCAGGACGGUUCGUUAAUCAACAAGAACAAGCAGGGUGCAGGGGGUUCCAGUACUGCGGCGCAGGUUCUGGACACGAUCACCAAGACUAUUUCGGAUAUCGGGAGCUACAUUUCUGGCUCAGGCGAUAAAAAUGCUAAGGAGGCCGGUAGUAAGGUGAAAGUGAGCAAAAAGCUAGAGAUGAACGUAGUGGAGAAGCCGCAAAAGCUAUCAAAGACAAAAGCCGAGCUAUCUGUCAACGUCCCCGAUGAAGGAGAAAAAAAGAAUGUGGGCGACGGUGUAGCAGCGCUCGCGAAGAAAAAAGAGGACGUGGAGGAAGAAAAGAAAGAAAACAAACUCAAGACGACCACCAAAAUUACGUUCUCACUUCCGGACCAGCACAGCGCUGAAGCAGGUAGUUCCUCAUCGCCUGGUGAAGAUACAGCCGCAACAAGUCUGGCGGCAGCAUCGACAGCGGUUGCCGAAGACGCCGGAACAACUGCAGCGGAAAGCAAGUCAGACACGGCCGUCGACGCUUCGAAACUUCCGGGCGGCAUGCCACCGCCUCCGUACGACAAAGCACUGUUCGAGCGGCAGAAAAAGCAAAUCGAGCAGAUGCGCGUGAUCAAAGACAAUCCGAGCACGCCUUUGAACCCCGGACCGGGGAAUGGAAACCCGAGCUCGUUCGCGCAGAAAGACAUGGAAGUGGUGCGCGGAAAGAUGGGACAGUACAUGAAAGACGAGUACUCCAAGCUCCAGCAGAGCAUGCUCCAGAACUUUGACGCCUUCGCGGCCAAGCAACAGGACAAGAUUGAGGCCCUGGAAGCGGAACUGGCGAAGGAAAAGGCGGCGCAGAAGCUCUCCCACAGCGCAGCGGACCGUCCGGUGACGGCGCCGCCGGCUCUGUCGCUCUUGGAGAUCGACUCUUCGAAGGACAAGAAGGACAAAAGAGAUGGUGGCAAGAGUGCAAUAAAAACCACCGUGACGAUCGAUAAAGCUGUGGACAAAGAGAAGAAGCCAGAAAAAAAGGACAAGGACGCCGAACGAGAUGCAGAUUUGGAGAAGCACGCCAAGGUGAGGGAGCACCGUCAUAAAAACAUAGAACCUUCUUUUGGCGGUAUCCAUGCUGAUUUGCAUGCAGCUGUUGUUUGAGGUUGUCUAUUUCACUUUCACAUGAUGUGAUUCGAUUGACUUUGUUGACCACAUGAUAUCCGACACAACAGACCAACAGCCAGCUGACGAACGAGUUGGCCGCCGAAGCCGCUGCGAUCGGCGACAUAAUCGACAAGAAGCCCGCGGGCGCGGCAGUAGCGGCGCCGCCAACGGCCAGACCAACCAGCGCCUCUGCCAUGCCAGAAAAGCCAGACGCGGGUGGUGCGGCGGCGGCGGUGCCCCCGGCAGUUGCUACCUCUUUGACCGCCGAGAAACAGAAGGACGACGUAGCUGCGGCAGCACCUCCGACACCGGCCAAGGUGGAAGUGGAAGUGGAACAGUCCCCGGCGGACAAGCGGGAAGACCUGGCGAACUUUUUGCACAGCAAAACCGGGUCGCAGCAGACCCCUACGGAGUCGAUGGUGACCGCCGCCGCGGCGAAGGCGUCCGCGGUCGAGGCCGCGGAGUCGGGAACGCAGAAGUCCGAGGCAGCUGCGGCCCAGGCCGAACUUGUAGGCGCCGACCAGGCGGUCGGCAUGGCGCUGGAGCAGGGACCACCGCCCCAGUCGGCCGAGGUGAAGAUGACGCAAAGCGACCCGUUUUCACCGCACUACCACUUGGAAAACGAGGGGGCGGACGUGGUUAUUUCGGGAACCAUGAAAGUGGAAGUGAUUAACGUAGAAGCGUUUUUGGCCAAUCAGCAAACAGAACUCGCCGUCGCCACGCUGAUGCAGGACCUCUUCCAGAGUCCGCUGUACGACUUGAAAAUCAAAUUGGAACAGCAGGUGCCCCAGACUGCGGCGUCAAACGCGACAGCGGCAGUGCCCUUUUUCUUGCAGCAGGUACUUAUUUCAGUACGACGUUCUUUGCAUAGUAACGUGAAGCCUGCUAACAAGCCACGAUCUACAUACGUGCGCGUUGGGGUAAACACGAUCCUCGAGUGCGUGUUGUACGAAUAGGAGUCGAUUGCUUUUCCGUCUUUUUCUCUGCACAGUCCUCCUUCUUGCUUCAUACUAGUCCUACCUCUCCCGGAGCAAGAAAGAAAAAUCUUUUCCCAGGACGCAACGAGCAUUCACCAUUCGGUAACCAGCGUAGCGGAGAACAAAGGACAGCCGCUUUACUUGCCGAUGUUUGACACCUCGGCCGCAGACCGGGCUCGUGGCCGCGCCACAGCAACGAGUUUCGUCCAGACCGGCAUGGUAUCAACUGUAAAAAUGUCUGGGUCUGGAAGACUCAUGCUGUUUUUGCAUGACACAGAAAGUCUGGCAUGGAAGCUCUAGCAUCACAGGUUUCGAGAAGCGUUUGCAAUGCCGAAUCCGCAUGACAAAUCCCCCAUUUUGGUGAUAGAAAGUGGAAACUUUUUGCUGCCUAUGCAUGUUGAGAGAUUUUUCUGUGAUCUGAAAUGCGCAUCACAAGUUUGUAUUCUCCAGACCCAGACAUUUUCUACUUUUGAUACAUGGGUAAAAAGAAGGCGGAUACGGUACCGGCAAACAUUCUGUUCGAGUUCCGCGUGAAGAAAGUACCCAUGCAAAUUCAACAACUGUUGCAGACCGGGGACAUUGCGUCUAAGUGGGAUACCAUGCGCGGCGUGGGGGGCAUUGACCAGGUGGUUGAUGUGAACAUCAAAGUGCACGAAAAUUGGGCCACCUGGAACCAAACCGUUUUCUUGCCGAUCGGGUAAGUACUUUACUUGCUACUUGAUUUUUUUGUGCUUGUCAUGCUAGAAAACGUCUCGACGGACUACUACUCUCUCGAGACGUUUUUUAGCAUGACGCUUGGUCAAAGACCGUCACCGUCUUUCAUGACACGGAACUUUUUUUUCCAUCCAUUGUCACAAAACUGAAUGAAAAUUUGAUGACGAGCUUGAGCAGAUUAUAACGGGCAUGCUACCAACAUCAAUCUAAACAGCCCUGCCUCCUACUCCGACUUCACCAAGGACAUCGGGCUCGAGUGGCGCCCCCGCGUGUGCCCGACGCCGAACUUCGACCCUGCCACCAUCUACAGCAAGCAGCAGUGUCUCGAUUGCGUCGUUGAUUUCUUCCAGACCGCGUACUUUUGCGGCUCGGAGCAAACCUGCCAGGGUUUGUGGACGGAGUGCGCGGUGGACUGUCAGCAAAAUCCCGCCUGCAAGGCUUUCAACUACAACGGACGCCUCUGUCGGCACGUGAUCCCGAAAGAUCCCGCGGACACCACCUUCACACUGAUGGGCGACGGACUGACGCAGUGCGGAACGGCCGACGCGCCCGUGAUCGCACAGGGGUGCAUGAACUGGUGCACCAAAGCGCCCCCGAUACCUGCGACGGCGGCAGGAGGUGUGGGACUGCUGCAAACCGCUUUCAGAAAAGCAAUUUCCAAAGCCUACAACAUUCGAUAAAGUGGAGAAAAAAGCAAAAAUGUUGAGAGCAUGUUGUAGGGGUGCGGCAUCUGAUACCGAUUCACCUUUUAGGAGGCGGAGCGGUUGUUCGGCAUAGUUGCCAAGCAAAAGAGGAAAGUAGCACACGUUUUUUCACCAGACAAAUCAGCAUGGAACUAAUGAAUAAGUACGGCUCCCUCCACUUCAGGAUACUGGUUUCAAGCGAAAGCGAGGUAUUCCUAUUCGCAUUCCUCGUAAAAAAAAUUAUCGUUGCAAGGUAUCUAUACUCCUACACAAAAGAAAGUCAAGAUUUGCCCAAGCGGUGCCGCCCUCAAAGGGGGCAUGAUUUUUUUGACAAAAGAAAACAAUCAAGAAGAGGUGGGCAAACAAAAGCCACUUCCCGGAAAGGAAAAGCUACAUACUUUGACUAUCUAAUUUUCAAAAAUGAAUCAUUGAAACAGAAUUGACAUUGAUAUUAAGUAAGACCCUAUACAACCGAAAGCAUGAAUGAACGCAUGGAUUUGAAAAACAAAAGCAAGGCCAAAAUAAUCACUGUAUAAUUUGUGAUGAGACAACGAGGAGUAAAUGAGUACGAGAACGACUAUGGAAUGAAAAAUCAAAUAAGCACUUGCUGCAUAGAU